UAACCUCAAUUCUCCCUCAUAUCAGCUCAAUUAUGCCCGAAGUACGCGCCGAAGAGGUAUCAAGGUUUAUGCGAGAGUGCUUCCAAGCUACUGGAGUGCCGGAGAAUGAGGCGAGGGAGCAUACAGAUUUGUUGUUACAAGCUGACUUUACGGGACAUUACAGCCAUGGACUGAAUAGACUUGAAUUCUACAUCAACGAUCUUAAAUCAGGAGCGACUGACCCAAAAGGCAAGCCGGUAGUUCUAAAAGAGAAUGCUUCAACAGCAUGGGUAGACGGUGGCAAUGCCCUCGGAGCUACUGUAGGCAACUUCAGCAUGGACCUAGCUAUCAAGAAAGCUAAGGAGACUGGUGUAGGAUGGGUGGCUACUAAAGGAUCUACCCACUUCGGUAUGGCCGGUUGGUGGGCUCAAAGAGCGGAGAAGCAAGGGUUGAUUGGCAUGGCUUUCACCAAUACGUCUCCUCUCCUAGUGCCUACGAGAGCCAAAGACGGCGCUUUAGGCACAAACCCAAUAGCGAUGGCAGCGCGGGCCAGUGGCGGAGACUCCAUUCUUGUUGACCUGUCUACAACCGCUGUUGCCCUGGGCAAGGUAGAGAUGAAAAUACACGAAGAAAAACCGUUGCCUGCUGGCUGGGCAAUGGAUCAGAAUGGGAAAAUGACACACGAUCCUAAAGUGGGUUUCGAAUCAGGUCACCUAUACGCUCUAGGUGGCGUGGAGGAGACGGCUGGCUACAAAGGAUACUGCCUCAGUGCCAUGAACGAGGUGUUCUGCAGCUCACUUUCAGGAGCCAAAGCGAGCCACCAGCGCCCAUGGGGUGCCACCAACCCUGAAGACCCGCCUAACCUGGGACAGAUGUUCGUGGCCAUAGACCCGGGGUGCUUUGCCCCCGGCUUCGGUGACCGCCUCGGGGACUGUCUGACUCACUGGAGGAAUUUGCCGCCGGUUGAUCCUUCACUGCCAGUUCUGGCUCCCGGAGACAAGGAGCGUUCUAAUUUGGAACAAACGAAGAAACGAGGCACGAUUGUCUAUGAACCUAAACAGAUCGAGACCUGUGCGUCUCUCGCAAAACGGCUAGGCGUUAAACCUAUGCAGACUUUGUGA